AGGGUUUAUUGACAAGGGGAUUCUUAUUAGACUCUAGGUAUAUUGAGGUAAUGACUGAGAUGCAGAGUUAGAGGCACUGUGGCUAAUCAAUUGAUUAGUAGCGUGCAAUUCUGUUUGUGGCUCUCUGUUCUUAUGAUGCUCUUUGAAAACACCACUCAGGGCCAGGCAUGAUGGAGCACACCUUUCAUCACUGUGAGGCAGAGGUAGGCAGAUCUCUGUGAGUCUACAGAGCGAAUUCUAGGACAGGAAGUGCUCCAUAGUGAGACCCUGUCUGGAAAACAAAACAAAACAACAAAGCAUACUCAGUGUGGAGGAGUGGGCCGUUUUCUUCUGACCUAUACAUUCCUCCUUUGCUUAAUCUAUGCAUUUCUCUUAAUGGGUACAAACUGAUAUUGGUUCAGAGGAGGAGGAAAGAGUUGCAUGCCAUGUAAGUAAAUCCAGUUGUUCCAAGGAUAAAGGGAACUUCAUCAUUGGGCCUUCAUAGCAGAGUCUCUGAAAUGUACCAGCAUGAGCAGGGAAACUGCGUUUGAAGGCCAAAUUAAACUCCUUAGCAUCAAAAGUUCCCUAUACCAUCUUCAGCUUUCCCGAUUCAUCUUCCUGGCCAUCGGCUCUCCAUGCUCUCCUCCCAGACAACCACACAGAGAAGUAGAGAGCAAUGGCUUACUGCAAGUGAAUGACUGCCUAGCAUUACCUAAGCUAGGGGGCACAGCAGGGAGACAGACGCUCAAGGCAAAGCCCAUUAGAAUCUCCCCUUAGAUCACAGUUUCUGCCCCUGUAUUUAUUCCCUGCUGUCCAUGUGACUUUGAAAGCCAGAUUAAUUGUACCAAUGUAGUUCCCGUUAGUGGUUGUAUAUACUCUGAAUUUCCGAAAGAAUCCAGAAGAGAAGACAGCUGUUAGUAAAUGUUUAGCCUCUGGCCGUAACUCUCUUCCUCCUUUGCAUAUCGAGGUCAAGGAAGAAAGCACAACAGGACAGAGAAUCAAAGAAGACACAGAUCCCCCGUCUCUUCUUUUCACAAGGAUCAGAUCUGUUUUGUGCUGAUUGGGAUUCUUUUGAAACUAAAGAACAUAAAAUGAAAUGAGCUGUGGAGAGAGAAAGACAAAAGGAAAAAAGGAAACAAUCAAAGGUCUUUCUAAUCAGCGAGGAAUAGUCAGUUCUUGAUUUACAAUGUAACUCAUCUCCACAGCUAGCGAGAGUCCUCCAAACCAUGACCCCUGGGGGCCACAAGGGUACUACAGAAUCCUCAUCCGCCACCCCCACCUCCACCCCCACUCCCACCCUGAUCUGACUGAAGCGAGCCUCACUGGCUUACCGUCGGUUGACCUGCAAGGAGGAUUGCCAGCUUUUCUACUCUACUCUUCCCUAAGGCAGUCGUCCUGGGAAAUGAGUCCCAUCGUGGCUAGAGAAGGUUUUAACAUAACUUCUGAAAGGCUUCUAGUGAAAAUCCCUCUCCUCUCCAAGCUUGGUCUUCCUCUCUGUCUGAGUAAAACUACUUGUAAUGCAAAUGUGUUCCUUUGUCACUGAGCAUCUCUGAUACCUUGCUAAUGUUUUAUAACCCAGUAGAGGUACUGUUUAUCAAGGGGUGCCAUACAUUUUUAACAUUCUUUCCUUUAAAAAGAAAAAAAAAGGAUAAACUGCAGUGUUAGAAGCCACUAAAGCCAAAUAGGUAACGGAUGAGGAUCCUUCAAAAAGUCCUUUGAGAAUGGCAUCAGGCAACAACACACUUGCACCCUUUGAAACUAGGAACUUUAUUUCGGUGGUGACAGCGAAGGUGGACUGCGUUGUUGUGACCUGUUGUCACUCUGACAUGGCUGCUUCUGUUGUUGGCUCCCAGUAACCUCAUAUCCAAGUCCCUGAUGCCUUAAAAAUUAAUUAUGAUGAGAAUUUCUCUUCACUUCAAACUGUUCAAGAAUGCCUCACGUGCAGGCUGCAAAUUAUGAAGGGUAAAUUAGGGCAUCGCUGAAUAGGAAGGGUCCCAGGAAACCAAUUUAAGAAUCCUCUCCGGAUUUAGUGGGGACCUGGAAAUAGUCCGUUUGGGAGGAAGAACCUGAAAUUACAAUCGACUUGUCAUUCAAUUUCACAGCAAAGUGGGAGCAGCCGCUGGGAGGGCAGGUGCUAAAUAUACGUGGACCUAAAAAAAUUUUUUUUAUUUAAAAUUUUUACUCCUAUUGUACAAUUCUCAGAGCCUUAUUAAAAAAAUAAUACCUUACAGUUGCGAGCUAUCUGUUAGCUGAAGACUUAAAGCAGUUUAGGAAAGGGUAUUAUUCUUUUACUGUUGUAGCUCCCUCUACAAGGAUGAAACCCGCGAUGCCCAGGAAGUUUACGAAGUUGUGAGGUGGGGGAUGGGGGGAUCAGGGCCCUGAGUCAAGUGGAGUCAUUCUUCCUUGGUAACCCUGUCCCCAGCUUCAAAGUGAUAAUUGCCUCAGUGGUUUGAGGUCAUUGGAAGAACUCUUUAGUGUAAGAACAUCAGAAAGGUAGCUAGGCAGAUGGCUUUCCAAGUGUCAUCUGGGAAACUCCCUUGAAAACCAGUCUUCCUCCCUCCAAGAAGACCAGGAGGGAGCACCGGAGGUUUUUGUUCCUCGGGCCUUUCGGAGAUCCUGGUACAGGAGUGAACUUGCUGUGUUUUGGAUUCUCUUUCCACUGACCCUUGGGCCUUGAUUUCACACUCUCCAUAGCCACUUGCCACUGGAUUUCUCUCUUCUCUUCUCUUCUCUUCUCUUCUCUUCUCUUCUCUUCUCUUCUCUUCUCUUCUCUUCUCUUCCUUUUCUCCCCUCCCCUCUUCCCUCUUCCUCCUCCUCCUUCCUCUCUCUCUCUCCCCCUCUCUCCCCUUCUUUCCCCCCUCUCUCCCUCUCCCUCUCUCUCUUUCUCCGUCUCAGCUGUUGCCACAAAAAUGGCUGCCCAUUCUCUGUGUGUGUGCACAUAUAUAUGCAUGUGUGUGUUUGUGUGCAUGAGUGUGUACGUGUAUUUUUUUUUUUCAAAACCAUCCUUUAACUCUUAUUUAACUUUCAGAGUUCUGUUUGGGUUUCAUAGAGCAUUUCCUCACUGGGGAUUUCAGAAGGGAGAUGGGGCUAAGGGGAGAAAAGAAAAUAUUGGCCACCCUUACACAUCUUUAAAGCAUUUGCUACCAGAUCACCUAAUAUUUGUAUAAGUUAAGGUUGAAUCCCAAAUAUCUCUGGAUAUAUGAAAUCCAUAUUAUUCAAGUUUUCACAGCUGUGGAUGAUAUGAGGGCUUUAUUCUUCGGGGCUGUUCUGUAAUGUCCUGUAUUGUGGACACAGUGUCCUGAGAAGUCAUGUAACUCCCAGUCUCUUAAAACACUGACAAGAAACCCAGCAAUGGAGAAAUAAAAGCCAGAGACCAGAAAGUUAUAAGGGGGAAAAUGACAGUAUAAAAUACUCUUGCUUUCUAAAGUAUACACAAAGCUUCAUAUAUUAAUAUCCCCAAACUCCAAAUGGCCAAUUUAUUUUUCAAACAUGAAACACCUGCUUAUUGUUAACUAUCACAAUAACAUGUUUAAUUUUGAGGGAUUCUUUUAUGGCAGCUGAUAAUAUUUUAAGAUUUGGAAUAAUUUUAAUGUCUUCUAAGAGGCAUGUUCUAAGGCACAGGGAGAUAUUGGGAUGUUUCUUCCCUUUCUGUUAAGCUCAUGAACAAGAUAUGAACUUGUGGGUUUUUAUCUUUAGCCAUUACUCUAGCAUAUUGCCCUUAAUGAGAAAAGGAAAGUUCACAGUGCAGUUGUUUGAUCUUUCUGUGUUCUCAACUCAAGGGGCAAAAUUUAAGGCAAGAUUACCAGAGAUUUGAAAAUACACCUUGUUCUUGGAAAAUCAGUUUUCACUUGAAAUAGUAUAUGAGAAUAAAACAAAUGAGAAUAGAUGUAAUAUAUAAACAAACUAAGAAUAGCUCAUUGAUAAUAGGCUAGGCUCAUAUAUACAUAUACACACACACACAUAUAUACAUAUACUACAUAUGUGCAUUUGUGCAUAAAUAUACAUAUAUUUGUAUAUACAUAUGUAUGUACAUAUAUGGCUGUUGUCAAUUGAUCAGUGUAUAGAAUUAAAUAUGUUAAGCCAUAUGAAGAGUUUUAAAGAAGCCUUAAGAUUGAUAAUUCAACCUGGAGCUCUUCUUGGGAAAGUAGAAUUACCGAAAAGUAUAUAAAAGUGAAAUAUUUGCAUCCAUUUGCAGUAUGAAAACCCCUUCUGUAAUUUCUGUUCUCAUCUUCCAUAUGCCAUAUCUUCAGUCAGGCCUCCCUCCCUAGGUCUUGCCCCAUGGGAAGUGAAUCCUACAGGAAGGAUUUUCUGUGGCUUUUACUGUCUAUGGCUUUUCUUCUUCUGUCAUUUGUACUUUCUCAUUUGGACUUCAUUUCUUAAAAAAAAAAAAAAAAGCAUACGACCAAGGGAAUGUAAAGUAUGGAUAUUUAAAUCACAUAUUUGAUGUGCUUUGCACAUUUGAUGAGGAACCUGCCUCAUGCCCUUAGCUUUUAAAGGAAACAAGUUGUGGACUAAUCAUAUAAUUUGCCAGAAAAAAAAAAAUGACCCCAGACUGACCCCUUCCUAAGUUAACCUGUGCGCGCAGUGGAUGUCUUUUCUGGGGGGAUGAGAUUGGGCAAAUCUGUCUUCUUUUUUUCAUAGCCACAAGCUUUUUGUUUAUCUGUGGUAAAUGAUAUUAAAAAAAAUUUAGAGAGGGAAAUCAGCCUUGAUGUAGAGGGAAACGCUGCUGUAUGGGAUAUCCUUUUGCUGUUAUUGUAUCAAAAUUAUAUUUACCCUCCCUCACAAAACAUAACAGACCAGACAGUGGGUAGUCUCUUUGGUGUCAUAUCCCAGCAUACAUCAGAAAGAUUCCUAACAUGUCUCCCCAAAUGUAGUAUUGUACGUGGAUACUCAUUUUCAAAUUGCACAAUGUGCCUAUCUUUACGCUUACUUCAAUGUUGAGGCUCUGCUCUCUAAAUAAUCCCUUCAGGAGAUAAAGAACAUUUUAUGUUUUUUGAGGGAUUGUACUAGACUCAAUUAUAGUAUUAGUCUCUGGACUUAUAUCUUUGUAUUUUAAUUUCUCAAAAAAAAUAAAAAUCCAACAUGCAGAUCAUUGUGGUUGCCCUAGACAACCACCGAAGCCGUAUCCUUACAUAUCCCAAACGCCGAUCUCGGCCAACUCAUGUUAACCUGCUCUGUGAGGAUCACAAAUCUUUAGAUAAUCUCUUAUAUCUUAGUAAUUUAUUUUCUGUCAAACAUAAAACAAAUCUUGGUAAAACAUUCCAUUAGAAAGGGAGAAGGGCUGAAGACAGUUUCCACUGUGGUAUGCAUUGCAUUUUCUGGAGUUCCUGAUAAAACACAGAUGUUUCUAGGGGCCCACAAGGAUGGUUAGUCAAGAUUAGAUUGAUCCCUGGUUAAUCUCUGAGACCUUGAGCUUCUAGGCUUUCUAUCAAAGUAGACCGCCUUUUUUUUUUUCCCUGAAUGAUCUCAACUGAAUUUGUAACUGAUAAAGGUGAAUUAAAAACAUCCAACGUGGAAAUAGAACGUAUUAGAAUUUCCAUGAUGGUUCAUUCUGUGUUUCUUUCCAAAAAGCGUUCCAAACAUAAUUCAGUUUGGGAGUAAAAUGUCUCUCUUGACUUUUAACUGUGCCAAUAUUGACAUGAGAACCAUCAGUUCAGUUCUGGGGGGACAGACAUUUUCCAGUCUCCUAUGGUAACAAAUAUGUGCAUUGAGAAUGACUGGUUGGGUGGUUAGCUUCUUCCACACGCUAACACUGGACAAUGGUGGAGAAUGUUCUACAUACUUUUCAAUAUUUGAUUUUUGAGGACAAGUACGAAAAGAUAUGCUGCCCUUUUUAAAAAAAAAAUUACAAAACGGGGUUGGGGAUAUGGCUCUGUGGCUCUAGAGCUUGCUAUAUGAGUGUGAGACCUUGAGUUCCAAUCCCCAUAACCUACAUAAAGCCAGAGAGAGUGGACCAUGCACAUCUGUAUCCCAGGUCCUUCUAUGAUAGGAUGGGGAGGUAGAGGCAAGAUGUUCCUUGUAAACAAGACCAGUUAGUUAUGGUAUACAUGGCACAGACAGCCAUAAACAGCCAAGCAACCCUACCUCAAAUAAGGGGAAGGCAAGGGCUGUCACCCAAGUGUCUCACCUGUCAGAUGCCCUGGUAUUCAUGUCACAGUCACAUCCAUGAAUAAGCAGCUGUACACACACAUACAAACACACAAAUUAUAAAUUGUAAGAGACGACUUUAAGAUUAGUGAGACAGUUUCCAAGAUAAUGACUAAGGGUUAUUUGUCUACACUCUCCAGACUUACACAAACCCUUUGCAUACGCAUUAUGAAAAUAUGAGAAAAUGAAUCGUCAGACAUCUCAACUAUGGACCAUCAGCUCUGUACUUUCAAAACAAAUUAAAAGCCAAAUUGAGAUUAACUUCCAUAUGAAUACAUGUUGUGGCCAACUAGAGCAUUUUGGAUUGUAUAUUGUGGUAUGCUGUUAGCUUUAAGAUUUGGACCGUUUUCCGCAACUAAUACUAUGCGGAAGCAACUUUGUCCCAUUAUCCGUUCUGACAAAUAUUCUUAGUCUUUGCGUGGAUUAGAGCCUAGAGUUCAUACUUUUCCAAGCAUGAUUUAACAUAGGUAAUUACUGAGUAUAAGCAAAAGCUCUCAAUCUUUCAGAAAGAAAAUGUAAUAAUACCCUCGUAUUCAUUAUCUGCUGAAAAAUAUGGAAUUUCCAAACAUGUUUCCAAAAUAUUUGCUUUUCAGUUUUACAUAUUUAUAUUUCUAAUUUUCUUUCGUGCUGAGGCAUCUGCUCAUAGUUUCCAGCUUAUUUUCAAAGUCUCUUUGUGUUAAUGUUUGGGUUUGAUACUCGCAUUCUUUAUGUGCUGACUAGCCUUCCGGAGAUCCACCUAAUAAGACUUUUUGAAUUUACACAUUUAGCUCAAAACACUAGUAUGGGAUAGGUUUCUAUCGUCUGGAAAUAUAUCAAUCUUUGCAUAUCCAUUCAACACAGCCCCUGUUGUUACGUGUGUUUGUUUUACAUCCUUGCACUUGGGUUUUUAAAGAUAUUAAAGGUUGAAACCACAUUUGUGGUAUGUGUAGUCUUUCCAAAAAUUUACUUUACAAAAUGCAGCUUUGUAACGAAAAGGAAGCUUUUCUUUGUUCUUAGAGGGGAUAAGUAUAUUUUGAGAGGAAUUUAUCCUUAGUGAGGGAGAGAAAGCCGCAUUCCCUUAAGAUAGAAAUUCUUGGCUUGUUUUUUUCCAAUAGAAUUAUUACUCAUUAAGGUUACAGUCAAGCUGUGAUUUGGGCUUGUAUGUAUUUUCUGUUAAUUCACUUAAAACUGCCUCCCUUCAGUAUAUAUUCCCUGUAAAUUCUAAGCACACAGGAUAAUAUAUGUGUCUGUCUUUGUCUAUGGCUAUAGGAAAUGACAGAGAUAAAUACCACUUUGUGCUAGAACAUAAGCCUAUCAUGAUACAGAGGUCAGCCUGGAGUCAUACGACACAUAAAGCAGACUGGAUUUUGAGUUGUGACAUCUAUACACAAUGUGAUACUGCUGAAUUUUCAUAUUAAGAGGUUUUGGCUGAAGGAAUUCAGACACACACACAGUAUGGCCCCAAAUACUCUUGCCAAGAAAAGUUGAGUUGAAAAUGUUGGGGAACUGAUCCAAGAAUAGGCCUCAAACACAUUGCCUUCAUUACUCACAGCUGUACUCAUGAGAAGUGACUUUUCACCCACCUACAAGCCCCUCCCCAGGGCUGUCAGGUUGUUGCUGUUGUUGUUGUUGUUGUUUUUCCCAACUUACUGACCUUUCUGUUCCCACAAAAGGAAAAUGUGAUUGACAGAUGGUUAUGUAAACCAUUUGAGGGCAAUUAAACAAUGUAUGCUAAUGUGUUUUCUGUAAACAUAAUCCUUUUUUUAAAACACAUUUUAAAGACUUGCUAUAUUAUUUAUGUGUAUGCUUGUGUGUGCACAUGUGUGUAUGCCUAUGUGUGUGUGUGCGCACGUGCAUGUGUGUAUACAUGUGUGUGUGCAUGUGUGUGUGCAUGUGUGUGCAUAUGUGUACAUGUGUGUGUGCCAGUGUGUGUGCAUAUAUGUAUGCCAAUGUGUGUGCCCAUGUGCCUGUGUGUGCAUGUAUGUGUGCAUGUGUGUGCCUGUGUGUAUGCCUGUGUGUGCCUGUGUGUGUGUGUGCCUGUGUGUAUGCAUGUGUGUGUCUGUGUGUGUGUGUAUGUAUGCAUGUGUGUGUCUGUGUGUAUGCCUGUGUGUGCCUGUGUGUGUGUGUGCCUGUGUGUAUGCAUGUGUGUGCCUGUGUGUGUGCAUGUAUGUGCCUGUGUGUGUGCACAUGUGCCAUCUCUCCAGCCACCAAAAGGUCAUUCCUUAUAAGCUUAGCUUUGUUAAAUAUUCAUUAAGCAAAAAAAAAAGAAAAAGAAAACCAACUUGAUUCAAAGAGCAGCUUUUGGAAAGUAGGGACUUAGGGGCACGAGGGUUACCUGGAAGAUAAGGAUUUAUUUCACAGCAGUUCACAAAAGGGAAAACCCAGAGAUCCAUUUCUGUAGACACGAAAGAAAUGAGUGCGUGCCACUCCACACCGGAAGUCCUCCAGUCCGAUCUCCGGAAGUGCAGGAGCACCAGGAUAUUCCGUGGGUGGAGUCGGCACCUUUUGACUAAGUUCCACGUCCUUUACCUCUGCUUCUCUGACCACUGUGAUCGGUUUCCCUUCAUUUUUGUCUCUUUACCGAAAGCUUCCUGAGGAUGUAAGAUGUGAUCUGCUUAACCAGUCUCCAUCCAGCUAGAGAGAGCAUGUGUGGAGGCCAGUGGGGUUGGCAGAGCCGAGCAUCUUACAGGUACUGGUUGGGCCAGCUGCUCACUUUCUUUGGGUCAGCCAGUGGUUCCAUCAAACAGCCAAGAUGGUGCCAGAGAGGCAAGCAGAGAGUCCAGAAGGGGAGCGGACCUUGGGAAAGCUUUGUUUGACCUGUGUGAUCUCUCUGUCUUUCCAUAAAUGCAUGCAUUAGAACAAUCCGAUCUGUUUUUAAAAUAUACAGUGGGCUUGAAAAGGACUUUUAUUUUGCUCACUUUCCUAGCACAGUAUUGUGAUUUCUUCAGAGAUAAGUAAAUAACAAAAUCGAAAGUAAAAUAACUUGCAUUGUGGGUAUAUUUCCCACCUUUGCUAAUUCUUGCUAAUGGACUCAUGUUAGUAUAAGUGCUGCUCUGGUCCAAUAGGAAUAGUUAUCACUAAUGUGUGUGUGUGUGUGUGUGUGUGUGUGUGUGUGUGUGUGUGUGUGUGUGUGACACAUGAGAACAAGGUCUGAUGUUUUACCCCUACCAGAAAAAUUGACUUCCUCCAGUGCAGCGGAUCCAGAGGCGAUUUAUCCAAAACUAUUGUUUUUUGCUGGUAAAAUUUAUUUGAGUUUUUUGGGGUGUUGAAGAUCCAACAUGAAAACAAUCUGUACCUACCAGAGGGAAGACAUGUCAUCUGCUGGUGACACACAAUUAACCUCGAAAGAAGUGAUAAUGCCACGUCUUUCUCUAAGUCUUUCAGUUCUGGGAAAUCACGAGACUACUAAGCAGUUUUCUAUGUUCUUGGGCAGUCAAGACUAACUUCGAAAUUUAUUUGUGCCUACCAAAUUGGUCUGGUUUUCAAAGCAGUGCUUAGCUAUACCCCAUUUUACUGUGAAAUUUAUAUGUAUGCACAUAAUAAUAAGAAACUGCUCCUAUGUGUCAUAUAGAAGAGUACAAUAAAAUACAGAACUAUUUUAUGUAUUUGUUAUUAUUUAUAUCAUGGCUAUGUUUUAAAUUUGAGUCCAGCUUGCAUUUCUUGGUGGCAGUGGUGGUAAUGGUGGUGGGUUUUAUUAUUCUCCAUUUAUCUUUUACUCUUUGUGAUCCUGACGCAGACCAAGGCCUUAUUCAUUCUACGUAGGUACUUGACCCCAGAGUUAUACCUUACACCCUCAUGUGUAGUAAAAUGAAUUAUUUUCAAGAUAAUUCAUACAUUGCAAUGGGUACAGUGGCUUAGGUAUUUUUUUAAUACAGUGAAUGUUUGCAAUAUUCAAAUGGCAUUCAACCAUCAGGAGACAGGAAAUAUCAGGAAUAUAGAGGGAGACAUUUUAACUGAAGCAUGAAGGUCCAGGGAGAGCUGGCCCAGGGAGAAAAAGGUUAUAAUAAAAGAGAAGGAAGAAGCUGUAGGUACCACAGUGUAUGUUUGAAGUUACCACUCUGUAUCACAGAGAAUCUUAUCAAUAUGCUCAAGAGUUUGAGCGGUUCCCAUCUGAGGAGCAAUGGUGAUGUUCACUUGAAGUAUUAUUCAGUAAAAUGAUGCUACAUUCACAUUAAGCUUAUUUGUAAGGAUUUUUUUCUGUAUGCCAUAGGAAGGAUGUAGCAGAGGAUAACAAAGAUGAAGGUGGGCUUUAUACUGCAGGCGGUUGAAAAAUGGUGAUUUCAUUAACAAAGAGGAUAGCUACAGGGUGAAUGUGAUGCAGAACAUGUGGGCUGAUAGGUCGUGGGAGGUGGAGGAGAGGGCGCGGAUUAAAGAGAAGACAGUCAAGAAUGACUGGUACCCAAGUCUGUGUUUUGAGCAUUUGAAUGGAUGGAAAGUUUCUUUUUAUGGUACAGGGAAUGCAUGAAGACAUAGAGGUUUGUAGAAGGUUAUUAUUUUUUAUUAUUACCCUGAACAUGUUGCAUUUAAAGUUUCUAGGGGGAGAGCCAGUUGAGGACACUAAGCAAUUGGCUAUGAGCCUGGCUGCCACUUGAAGCCCUUGGAUAACAGAGUUUAUAAUUUAGAUGUUGGAAGGUGGCAAUGACCUAGAAAUUCAGGGAGGGACAGAAAAAAGAAGGGAGUAUGGGCAUUUAGGCAGAGGGCAUAAUGUGGCUCACAGAAUGCUGGGAAAAGCGUAGAGCCAUUGCUGAGAAAAAUCUGAUUGUCCAGGGUAAGAUACAAUGCGGUUUCCUUAAAUGAUAGGCUGAGGAGUUGGCUGUACUUUUUAGUCAAUAGUAGCCAUUUGAUGAUUUGCACUGGGAAGACCGUUUGCAGAUAAGUCAUUAGGAAGAUUUAGGUAGAGUAUGGAUUGGGCUGGGGGUGCAGAGACCAUGCAGGGGGCUUCUAAGAGAGAUGCCAUGAGAUUUAAAGGUUGGGAAGUUUCCAACGUGAACAGUUUAGAUGCGAGGGGUAGCUAUGAAAACCAAAGAGCCAGCGGGGAUCUGAGUAGAGAUGUCAAGAACAGGGGAGUAGAGCCUGUUAAAAAUGAUGGUUACUUUAAGGGUAAAAAGAGAAAAUCCAAGAGCCUGGUUUGAGGGAAUUUGUAACCCCUGCAUGUAUAAAUUUAUGGUUUAUUUUCAUAGAAUUAUCAUGGAAAGAUCAUAUAUCAGAAUAUUUUAUUUCUAAAGCUUUUAGUACCAUUUUUUGUGUGUCUGAUGUUAAGCAUGUGCUAUUCAUUUGCGCGUGAGGAACAUGUGUGCGACAGCAUUUGUGUGGAGGUCAGAGAAUAACCUCAAGUGUUAAUAAUCCACAAUAGCCUGCCUUGUUUGGGACAGUAGCCUGGCUUUAGAGUGUGUUGGGGGAUCUGAGCUCCGGCCUAAAAGCUUGCAUAGCAAGCGCCGUUACCUUCUUAGCCAUCUCUGCAAGCCAUUCUUCUUGUUGUGAGUUUUUCAAAUUGCAUCUCAGAAACUAGUCCAGGGAACAUUUUUCUUUGUGGUACAGUAUAAGAGCAAACAACCACAAAAGACUUAGAAAUCCAUUCUAAAAAAAAAAAAAUUGAAUGAGAAGCCUCAGGAAUCCUUGCCAAGAGAUGUUCAGUCAUCUUUGCUGGGCUGGGCCACCGUGAGGAAGCCCAAGAAUGCAGUGCAGCCACCCCAGCUGAACCUAGGAUCUGGACUCUUGGCUUUUGCAAUGAUCAGCAGAACACUGGAUGCAGAAAAGAUGUGGAACAUUUCCGUAGGGAUAGCCAAGGCACAAGUGCUUCGUUGCUGGUAUCUUUGAAGUCUGCAAAAAGCAAAUCCUGGAUGUAUCCCAAGAAGAGUCUGAUGCAAAUUCAAACAAAUCAAGAGGGCUAGAUGCCUUUUCCACUCAAGUAGCUGUCUGUGCUGGGGGCUGCCGUGUGUGGGGGGGGUGGGGGGACCUGGGGAAGUAUUGUCACGCUCUUUUUUUUUCUAGUGGCCUUCGCCAGUCCCGUGGUUUUUAUGGAAGUUAUGGCUUUGUUCAAGAGAGUCAAUUCUCCCUGCCAGACUGCUAGAGAAAGCUAUUCCCCUCCAGUCAUAAUGCUUUAGACACUCUACAAGUACAGUGUUUUUAUAGCAUGGCUUCUAUCUCUGAGUUUACACUCCAGGUAAAGCUUUGCGAACUGCAGUGUCUGUGCAGAGUGAAUCAGUUGUUAAGUGUUGUCUCUCUCUUUUUUUGUAAGGGACUUAAUCCCCCACCCACCCACCCAAAACUGUUUGAAUUCCCAAUGAAAAGAGGGCUAGGAGUCCCCAGCCUGUGGACCUAGUGUGAAGAUGCCUUUUAAAAUCCUGGCAAUUGAAAGCUGCUUAUAAUAUGGAGAUUAGACAUUCUGUCUCCAGCUUGGGAACCGGGCUGGCAUCAGCUAAACAGGCAACUGUGGGCAGGGAGCUGCCUGCCUUCUUUGGGCCAGAGAAAGGCCCCAAAGAAGCAGCUGCCAGCGGGGAGGAGUGUGAGAAACUAGGAAACCGCCUUGAAAAAGGAUAGGAAACGAGGCACGAGAAGGAAUUUAAGAAUUUUUCAAAUAUUCCCUUUUUAGGCAUAUGCAGCGGCUGGCUGCCUCUGUGCAGGAAGGGUAAUCUUUAAUGCUUCCCUCACGAAGGAAGAAGGGUGGCGAACGUACGGCUAGUUCACACAGCCGAAGGGCCUGAAGUUGGUUGAUUUCUUCGGCAUUGUAAGAAAAUUGAUAUGGAUUAGUGUUCUACUUUCCAUUGCUAUUCAUCCUGACCUUUUUGAAAUAAAGAGUUGAAUAUUAUAAACAUUCUAAUUUUAGAAUGAGAAAAGCAAGUUCCAUACACACACCACACACACACACACACACACACACACACACACACACACACACACGCACACACACACACACACACGCUAGGUAUAAUGAUUUUAAUUGAAAUCUUAUGUUAAUCAAAGGAGCUGGGCAGCGUCAUGUUUGAAGGGGUGGAAAGAAUUCUGAUAUUCUAGUGACAGCAGGUUUGCCUUUAGGCACAUGUCACUUCCUCUCGCUGCCUCUUUACUUAAGGAGGCGCCGUGUUAACAAUAUUUAGAAUCACUUAUAAGUAAGGGAUAUGUUUGCCUUCUACAGAGAAGCACACUUCCAGGUGUGUAGCCCUACAAAUAUAAAAUGAAUGGGACUCUGACACAUGGGUAGGGUCUCCCAGGCCUCUGUUGUGUUGGAAGAAUGAGCUGAAGCGGGUCUGUAAAGUUUCCACUAGGGUCUGACAUGUUAUCUCUUCAUGCAGGGAAGGGGUCCACUCAACCUGCAGUCACAGAGAGACUCCUAUUAGUAGAGCCCCUUACUUGAACCCACCGAGAGGAUGUGGAGUCAUUACAGGAAGUCUUAUAGCACAGGGGUCGUGGGUAGCACCAUGACAGUUCAGUUAACAGCACACCGCAGCGAGGACAGAGGGCCCGCGGGAUUGCUAGGAGCUGAUGGUUUCCCAUCACUCAUGACAAAAUAGCCCUCAUCACAGAUGAACACAACCCAUUACUCACGUGCUUGUGGCCAUGGUUGUGUGAGCAAGCCUUCUGUGCCGCCAUUGUAUAAAAGUGUAGGGUGGGCAAUUGCAUCAAGAAUAUGAAACUGGAUAGUGAUUAUAAAAGUUAUGUCACUGGCUGCUGUAUUUAUUAUAUUUCAUGUCUAAGCACUAUUUUAAAAUCUACUAACUUUUAUUUGUUUAAAUAUAUUUAAUUUAAUGUUUAAUUAAUUUAAUUUCAUACAUAUACAUAUAAACAUAUACAUACAUAUGUACAUAAAUACAUAAUAUACGUAUACACACAUAUGUAUGGUGACACACACACAAAUAUAUAUUUUAUUACCAUCUGCCAUUGUAUCCCAGCAAUGUCCUCAUGCAGUUUCUGGUAACGUCAGUCUUUAAUUGUAUCAGGAAACUAUACCAAAUAGUUGGCCUAUACUUGCUAAGUUUGCAGAAAGUUCACACAGUGACACAACUACCCAAUAGCUCAAUUCUCAAAACAUGUGCCUGUCAUUAAGUGGUGAAUGACGGCUGUAAAGGAGGGGGAGAAAUGAACACAUAUUAUAUGGCUGUGGCUCUGUCCUUGUCACCAACAAUGUAAUGACGCAUGGUAACGUAGGUCACAUAUACCUUGUCACCUCUCUUAGCUCCUAAAAAUGACCAAUGUUAUUCUUUUUCUUGUUGUUGUUUUUUGGUUUUUUUCUCCAAGACAGGGUUUCUCUAUAUAGCCCUUGCUGUCCUGGAACUCACUUUGUAGACCAGGCUGGCCUUGAACUCAGAAAUCCACCUGCCUCUGCCUCCCGAGUGCUGGGAUUAAAGGUGUGCGCCACCACGCCCGGCUAAUGUAUUCUUUUUUUUUUUUUUUGGAUUUAUUAUUUUUUAUUUAUUUAUUUAUUUAUUUAUUAGGUAUUUUCCUCGUUUACAUUUUCAAUGCUAUCCCAAAAGUCCCCCAUACCCACCCCCCAAUCCCCUACCCACCCACUCCCCCUUUUUGGCCCUGGGGUUCCCCUGUACUGGGGCAUAUAAAGUUUGCAAGUCCAAUGGGCCUCUCUUUCCAGUGAUGGCCGACUAGGCCAUCUUUUGAUACAUAUGCAGCUAGAGACAAGAGCUCCCGGGUACUGGUUAGUUCAUAUUGUUGUUCCACCUAUAGGGUUGCAGUUCCCUAUAGCUCCUUGGGUAAUUUCUCUAGCUCCUCCAUUGGGGGCCCUGUGAUCCAUUCAAUAGCUGACUGUGAGCAUCCACUUCUGUGUUUGCUAGGCCCUGGCAUAGUCUUACAAGAGAGAGCUACAUCUGGGUCCUUUCAGCAAAAUCUUGCUAGUGUAUGCAAUGGUGUCAGCGUUUGGAAGCUGAUUAUGGGAUGGAUCCCUGCAUAUGGCAAUCACUAGAUGGUCCAUCCUUUCGUCACAGCUCCAAAUUUUGUCUCUGUAACUCCUUCCAUGGGUGUUUUGUUCCCAUUUCUAAGAAAGGGCAAAGUGUCCACACUUUGGUCUUCGUUCUUCUUGAAUUUCAUAAGAAACAACAGUUCUCACUUUUUUUUCAGUUCUGGAAAUUGGAUCAAAAUUGGGUCUUUGUGUGAACUAGCUAAGAACUGUACCACUGAGGGGCUGGAGAAAGGGCUCUCAGGUGAGCAGAGCUUGCUGUUCUGGAGAAGGCUGUAGCGUGAUUCCAGCACCCACUUCCGAGGCUCACACUUGCCUGUGACUCCAGCUACAGAGGACUGGAUAUCUUCUUCUGGCCUUCAUGGGCACUCAUAUGCUUGUGAGUAGAUGUGCACGCACAUGUGUGUAAAUGCCGCACAAACGUGUGUGCACAUGCACACACAAAUAAAAUAAGUCAUAAAUAAAAAUGAGCUAUACCACUGAGUUCUAUCCUCAGCCGUCUUGACUCUCAUGUGCAUGGAGAUAUGGCUGCUAUUUCCCCACCAUGGAAUGUUAAGCUAAGAGACGGACUUAAGACAAAACUAGGUAUUUUGAAUAUCCUGUCUUCCUUAAGAAGUCUAUGUUCAGAAAUGGCUAUGAGAGGCCUUUAUUUCAGCCUUUAAAAACAAAUGAAAACUUAACCUGAGCUUUACAACAAAUUUAUACUAUAUGCAAAUAAAUAAAUAAAGCAGUCACAGGCUUGAGACACCUCUGGGGUAGGAAAGGAAGAGCCUUCCCAAAUGAGUGACACUGUAGCAAAUAGAUCUCUGAAGACACUGCUCAGAGGCUACACAGUUGCCUAGUGUGCAAGGCCCCACACAGAGAAAUCCAGCAACAACCACAAGACAGCAACAGGACAAAGGACAUUGAGUCAAGAGUGCUGGUAAAUGCUUGUAAAGGGAAGUGGGGAGGGGGUGGGGGUGGGAGAGUAGUGGGGGAGGAGGUGAGUCUGAAGGUGCUAGACCCCAAGGCCAGCCUUGACUACAUAUUGGUCCAAGUGCGAGAGGGUGUCUGAGAGGGGAGGGGAGGGGAGAGGAGGGAGAAGGGGGAAGGGGAGAGAGGGGAGAGACAGAGAUGGAGAAGAGAGAGAGAGAAAGAGAGAGAGAGAAAGAGAGAGAGAGAGAAUGGCAGAAGUCAAGGAAGACUCCUUUUGGGGGGGCAGAUAAAACCCUCCCAACACCUUAGAGCCAGGCAGAGGCUCCAUGUUCGGAUCUCAGGUUUCCCUUUUUCUGGAGAAUUAGUGACAUUUUUUUUCCCAACCAUUCAUUUAGUCAUGUCAAGGUGUUAGGUGCCGUAUCUAUAUACAAAACAUAUUUGUUUUUUAGGUAAGUUCUCCCUACACAUGCCAGGUUGUCCUUGGACUCAAAAUAUCGUCGGAAGUCAGUGUGCUCAGAGCUCAGAGGUGGGCCACUGUGCUGGGCUUCAGUGUAGACGCUAUUGAUGCAGUCUUCCUUUCCGUUCCUUUCUUUGGUAGUGAGUCCAUUCUGUCAACAGCAUGGGAUAUUUAUUGGGAACUCUAUACCAAUGGUAGAUUGUGAUACCUGUUUUUCUGAAUUUCAACCAGUGAUUUUUUCCCCAACAUGGGUGUUAAGAAUUCAUGGUUUCUUAAAAUCGCUAAAGAUGAUCACCAACAAUAGAAUUAGCUUUGUAGUGUAUAAAUGUCCCACUCUAAUUUAGGACUUUUCUCACUGUCAUAAAUUACUAUUAAUCACACCCUAAUCCAACUGUACUUUUUCUGGUCGGAGACUUUCUAAUUCGAGGCAUCCUUCUGAAACCCUGCCAGAAAGUCUUUGACCCAGACUUAUCCAACCUCCCCUGCGGAAUACAGACCCCCUGAUGGUGUGAUUAUUUAACAUGGACGCCCGCCUGCCCCUGAGAGCCUUUCUGCUUAUCCAGUCUGCUUACGUCAUCUGAACCAAACCAGCCUUACUGUAGUUAAAAUGACAUGGGGAUCUAUUGACCUAGUGGGUAAUAUUAUGAAAUUAAUACUCCAGCUUACUUCACCUUCAUCUUUGAAGUUCAUUUGAAUGAUCACACUGCACAAACUUUUUUUUUUUUUUCUGUUGAAAAUCUCACAAAGGUCCUGGCCAGAAAUAACAACAGUUCUGGGGGCUUCACAGUGGUUUGCAUUUUGAAGUCAAAUUACCAUGUGCGAUGGACUCCAAAGUGGCUGGAUUGUCUGGUGUCAGAGUCUCCGUGGGGAGGUGUGCAUCAGAGGUCAUGAACCCUGGUUUGUCAAAGCCUCUAGCCAUCGUCAGUUAGUUUAGCAUCAAUAGAUGUCCUUAUUUCUGCCAUCCAAUAAUUCGGGUGGACCUGGUUCCGUCUGUUCCAGUUUUCCUAAGAGAAAGAUGACACCAGAAGUCUAUAGACACUCAGAAGCUCAAAGCCCUCAGAAUAAGACAAACAACAGGACCCCUCCGUACCCAGAAGUUUCUGCGUCCACUUGUUAAUUUUCCUGCUGAAAUUGCUUCUAGCAAGACUCUAAGUGUACUUUAGUUUUUACAAAUUGGUACAGACCCUCUUUAGGAAUUUUUCUUUUAAAAAAAAUUGUCACAGUUGUUCCCUGACCCCCACCACCGCCCCUUGCCAAGAACAUUUAAAUAAUGGAGACACAUUAUUUUUUUUCCCCAAGUUUUAACUAGCUUGGCUCUUUGUGGAACUAAGGAAGUCUUUUCGGUUAAAACUACCUAAGGUGUUUUGGGCACAUAGUAGUCAUUUAAUUAGUGUGAGUGGAAUUAAAGUACAGAUGCUCUGAAGAAGGAAAAAAGCUAGCUUGUACACUGGUCUCCUCUCUUCGUUUCUCCGCAUCCAUUUUCUUUCAAACAACCAUUAAAUCGGACACUCACCCCAUUACUGUUCUAGAAAUUAUCAUCCUUUAGCUCACAAACUGCUUCUGCCUGCCAAUUCCAAGAGCUUCCAUCAUCCUAAAUAUUAAUCUGCAACGAGGAUUCUUAUUAAGUAUCACCGAACUGUGCCCAGGCCCAGAUCCUGAAGGCUGUCCUGCUGGACGUGUCAUGUGUGCUGUUCAUCCUCUUCAGUUUCCUAGAGGUCGCCCUCUGUCCCACUAGCCCUGACCUCUUCUACGGGGUGGUCUUCCACAGGGUGCUCUUCGUUAUCGUCUUCGGAAAUCCCCAAGAUUCAAGCUGAGCAUGUGGCUUCCUCUGCUCACUCACACACUGCCUCUAGAUCUCAGGCAUGAUGGUAACGCACCUGGACGGAGCUGUGACUCUCUGCUGCAGAACUCCGUCACCCCUUCCCACCUCUGAAUAGACAGUGGUGAGAUGCUCGCCUUGGAUUUUCUCUCACUUGACCUUUUGUCCUUCCACCAAACUUUAUUCUUUUCUCGGGGCCCCUAACUCUGGCAGAGGCUCUGAGACUUUGUGGUUCUUGGCUAGCUCCACCCUUUAUAGUCAAGAGAUGUUUAGAAGGGAGCCAGUAAAAGGAUGAAAGAGAUUUUUAAAAAAACUGAUGUGUGAGGUAAAAUAAUAAUAACUUUUGAGUUUAUCAUGACAAUGGAUUUUAAGGGAAGAUUAAAGAAUAAUCACCUUCAAGAAGAUGAAAUGUCCUUAUUGAGAAAAUGGCAGCCAACUGUUCAUCACUGAUACUUGAUGCUAGUGAAGGCAUUGUCUAUAAGUGGUGGCUUUAGAGGGAUACUCUCAAAACAGUGAAUAAGCACUGUUAUAUACUACUUGGACGGAUAUGGCAUAGUUAUAUUACUGGGAUGGAUAUGGUAUAGUACAAGUACCAAAAGAUAAACAACAAAAUUCAUUAGGACACAGUGUCAAUAUUCAUGGACUAUAUUUGGAAGAGAUCUGCAGGUCAGUCUAGAUCAUGUAAUAUGUUUAUAUCCAAUGUGGUAAUCUUGUGAUUUUAUGACAAAAACAUAUGUAUUAUGGAGUUUACAAUAAUGACUUGAACUACCAAUAGCGGUAAGUUCCAUUAGGUCACAACUUCUAUUGUCAAAAUGCAUGUCACCUCAUUGGUGUAUGUGAGUGGGGUUGUAGUGGCAGGGAGGAGGGAGAGAGACACAAUAGCUAUGUCAUCAUAGUCUCAUAAGUACAAUUACCUCAUCAUAGUCUAAUAAAGGCAAAUAUCUGGACUACUUCAUUUAACAAGGUGUGUCUCUAGUCUGGACUAUUUGUUUCUAGUGACCCAUCCAUCUACACAGCACCUACUUACUGCCUACUUAGUUUGUACCUGUUGCGGAGUCUGCAGAGGAAUCAUGCAGUUGCCAUUUCCCUUACCCAACAGUCUCUGUCUCCGUGAAAUGUUUAUGGUCAGAAAGGAGUUAGGGGCAAGAAGACAGGCAGCAGAAUAUGGUGUGAAGAUGGAUAGAAAAAGAUAUUCGCUCAACUCAAUGGGGGCACACAGCCAGACCCUUCAGCUGGUCCUGGCCAAUCAGGAAAUUCCUUUAUGUCACAUUAUGACCAAGCUGUGAUUGGCCGGGUGAAAAGCAGCCUUGCCAAGCAUUUAGCAAAGUGAAGUAUAAAAAGAAAUCUACACAUACUUUAUGUUCACAAUUCAAGAGAACUCAUUAAAAACAUAUUUCAUGUACCCGAUUCAUGAAAAUACCACAAGCCAACACGUUGCUGAUUAUCUACAUGUGUUUUCCGAAGUAGAUGCAGAAAUGAUUGAUACUGCUGAUCGUGUGGAAAAUUUUUUUUGACAUUAUAAAAUUUAAAAGGUAAAUGUCAAAAUUUAUAUGACUUCCGUGUUGUGUUCAGUACAUGGAGGAAGGAACCGACUGGCACCUGGGUCUGGUACCAGAACAGACAAACCCUCUGAUGACACUCCAUCGCCAUUUCUCACAAAUAAGUAGCUCUUAGUUUUCUGAGACAAAGAAAGAUACAUACAGUGCCUUACGUGAAUUCACAGGCAUGCUACCUAGUUUUUCUUUCUUUCUUUUUUUUUUUUUUUGACAUGAACUGCAGUGGUCCUAAGGCCAGUGUUUUGUGGCAUGGGAAAGGGAGUGGCUGAGAAUAAACAGUCCAGAUUGAGGGCAUUGCUGCUCGACCGGAGUCGCUUAGUUAACGUUUAUUUAUCACAUCGGUAUUUAUGAAACUUGAACUGUCAGAGAAUACAUACAAAUAUGCCUCCAGGAGGUAUUCCUAUCUGCAAGACCUGAAAUUUUAGGUGAGCCCCAGUAGGCUGCUCCGCUUGAAUAGACAGACAGUGCCAUCCCUGGGUGGGCCUGGGAAUUAGUAUUGCUGCCUGCACUCAUGUGCUAGAGAUGAACAGUGUGUUCCUUCCGCCUCUCCUCUUCCUCCCCACUGCACUUCCAGAGGCCGGUAGUUCACAGAUGUUAUAAGGUUCUAUACGCCUUGGAACUGGAGACUCCCUUUUAAUGUUGCCUUUGGGAGGUGUUUGGCUUGAUCCCUUAGCUCUUGCUAUAUAUUCAGUACCUGGCAUCCCUUCCCCUGAAAACUCUUGCUGGCCAUCUUAGUUUUGAAAGUCUGCCCUCCAGCCCUGUCUAGCUUCCCACCAGGUUGGAAUGAUCUCCUUGCUCACCCUGGUCUCUCUCCAGCUUGGAAGUUUGCCAGUAAGGAAGCAGGCGGUCACCAAGCCUCUUGGAUCCAGCGGCUUGCUUGCUUGCCCCCUGCAAGGAAUCCAGACUUCAUCACAUCCACCUGGUCCCUGCUUCCUCCUCUUCCCUUGUCUGUCCAGAUUGGUUAGGGCCCAGCAGGCUCCUGCCCAAGGUCACCCGAAUGGGGCCAGAAAUAAGGAUGAGUUCUUUUGGUACACACCGGCUUGAUUGCAAAGCAAAGAGCUUCAGUUCUUUAUCACAUACUUGACUGACUUUUCUUUCUUUUGGUGAAAAAAAAAAUCAAUGGCUUUGAAAACAAAGAAAAGAAACUUGCAUUUUAGGAAUCAUUUUCACAUGUGGCUGUUUUCAUUUAGUUUUAAAAUAAAUAUGAAUAUUUGGGGGUGAAGAAUCACCUAGAUUUUAUUUCUUUAGAUUCAUUACAGACACCCAUGAAAAAUUAUGAGCUGGCCUUUCUUGCAAGGCUGUUUUCAAGUCCUUAUAUCUAUUGUGGAUAUGAACCUUGAAUGUGAUGAGAAAAUAGGACCAGAAAUAUGAUUUUAAAAUAGAUUUUUCAUCAACUAAUACUAGAGACGCUGUGGUUGUUAGGAAAUUAUGUGUGCUACUGACCAGAAAAAAAAUGUUUGGCAAAACUUUCAAUAAAAUCUAAAAUUUUAUGCAGAGUGUGUGACCAGAGUAAUUGUGCAAUUAUUAGGUACCAGUUGAUAUCAGCACAAUUACUAUACACCAAUUGAUAUCAGUAUACUAGAAUCUUGGUAACAGUUUCUUUGACAUUCUUUUUUUUUUAAAGGAACAGCGCUUUUAAGUGAAAUUACAAUUGUUAGCAGAGACCUUCUAAUUGGCAGACACAUGCCAUCCUUCACAUGAUAAUUUCUAAAUCAAGUAUUUAGGAAUGCUUUGUGAUCAUUUUAUUCUGCUACAAAAUUUCCAGUUUGCAAACAAUACUAAUAUUGGUAUACCCUCCUGAAGUAUUUUCAAAACAGGAGGAAUUAAGGUAUUUGGCCUUUUGUUCCUUCAUCUAUGAUCUACAUCCUUUGUAAACUGGGGCAUCGUGGUUCCCAGUAGGUGAUAUACCUUGCUUGAUAAAUUUGGCUUAGACAGUGAACAACACAUUUGAAACCAGUUUAAUUAUUGAGCCAAGUCUCUGAAAGGACUGUGUGACUCAGGAGCCCUCUCAUUGAGACAUAGCCUAAGCCUGGCACCCUGUAAAUAGGUGGGUACAGUCUUAGCCCCUUUAGUUUCCAGUACCUCGUCUAUAAAGUGGAACACUACUGCUGGCUACUUAAAGGGGCUUAGAGAAUUUAAGUAGUAGGUGUUAGCUCAGGGCAUAGCACUUGCCAAUCAUGCUAGUGACUUGGUUUGAUAUCCAGGACAAAAACAGAAUAAAGAAAAAGAAAGAUACACACCAAAAUGCUCAAUAUAUUAUGCUGUCCUGGCAUGAGAUGUUCUAUGGUAGUGUUAGCUUCACAUGGUCAUAUAUGAAUAUUGCUGUGUUUGAGAUUGAUUUUGUGUUAGCAUCUCUGACAGUCUGGUUCCAGUGCUUAAUAAUUAUCCGGGAAUGUAAAUAUCUUGGUUUCAGUUGCGUUCUGGUUCUGAUUCUUCAAGGCUGUAGGCUUUGUAGGGAGAGGCCAGAAGCACUGUGACUAUGAAGCAAGGUCAGCACCAGUUGGAGGUAACAGCUCAUUCAUGGGCCCAUUUUUAAAACAAAAACAAAAACAAAAAAAAAAAACCCCAAUCUGCUUUGAUUUGGUUUGGUUCAUGCAUUUUUAAAAAUCUUCCUUGUGGUGUGCAGUCAUUAGUGUUUUAUGCCUAAAGAACUGAAUUCAGUUAUAAGUAAGAUUCAUUUAAUAUUGCAAGUAUGAUUCCAUGUGGUUAUUCAUUCGCAACAUAAAAUAGCCACAUGGUUCAACAUAUUUAAUAGUUUCUGCUUGUGCAACUGUAGGGAAUUCUGCAGAUCCUCUGUAAGAACUACUUUGGUUGUGAAGGCAGUAUCCAUAAUGCUAAUUAAUCCCAGCAUCAUCAAUAUGGCCAGUGAUGAUAGAAGAAAACAGGAACUGAAUGUGUGCCUUAUGUCUGCACACUGCCCUGUGUGACCCUUUGGUGGACUCCCAAAAAAAGAUGGCAGUGAGUGACUGCGUGGAUGGGUGUGGUCGCAAUCCCAUGGUUUUCCUUGGAAAAUGUAUGGAGACCCCAUCCUUCAUAUGUCAGCAAAGGAAACAACUUAAAAACAUCUCUUCCUAGGUCUCUUCUGUCCCUACCCAGGCUCUGUGAAAGUCAGCCCUUGAUAAUUCUUAAGGGAUGUUGUCUUUGUCUCAUUUGGAAUAAUCACUUUUUGUAUUCAGAAAAACUAGACACAUACGUAGCGUACUUCCAAUAUAAUGCUACAUUAAAAACAUUUGCCUAACCUGGAUCUGAUAUUUAUAAAUGGGCAUUGCUCAAUUAGCAUUUUAAAUUGGAAUUUUAAUAAAUGCUAUCAAUCAGUGACCAAUUUGCAUAGCAUUUAUCUGGGGAAAUGAGCGUGCCAAAUAUCGGUCUUCUUAAGAUUCAUCUUGCCCCAAACUGUGAUUUAUUUAAGCUCUUCAAACCAUUCAUUCUUCCAUUAAAGAGUCCGUCCAUCUUCCUGUGUUCUCCCGUUCUGAUCCAGAUCUGCAAAUCCGUGGUCAUCAGAAUCAAGAGAUACAUUUCCCAAGGACAGACGAGUCCUUGGGUCUUAGCAAUUUCCAACUCUGCAAUGUUCUGCCUAUUUAAUUUCUCUAAGACUCCAAGAACAGCUUCUUCAUGCUCUGUUUUCAGGUUAUAUAGUGUGUACUUGCAAUGUCUUGGGGCUAUCCACCCAGAGAAGAGUCAAGCAUUGGAGAAUCUGUGAAAUGAUUCUUUCAAAACAGUUGAUUCAGGGAGGUAUUUGCUUAAGAGCUUUGAAUUUUUUUUUUGUGCCCUAAAAAAAAUAUCUAUUGUUCUCUUUUUUGACCCAAUUUUACUAAAGAGAAUUUCAAAACCUUGAAAUAACUUCAAAUUUUAGAUUGUCAAAGGAACGUCUAAAUUUUAAAUAAUUGCUAUUUUAAAGUAACUUCUAUGAUAUCUUAAUAAUGCCAAUUAAAGGUCCCAAAUCGAUCCCUCCCCGCACAGUCUGGAAUAGGAUGCGUUUGGUGAAUCGUGGUUUUUAGAAGGGCCUCCUUCGUUAUGAAAGAACAGUAAGAGGCAGAUAAUUUGCUUAAAUAUGGAGUGGCAACUGCUAUUUCUCGGUGUGCUGAUGGAUGUCUGAGAAGGUCAUGGAGAUUGAGAAGAGGAAGUCUGCAGAGAAAGGGAUGCCUUCGUAACCUUGGACCCUUAGAUGUCAGGACUAUCAAAGCCAAAAAAGGACAAACAUGGUUAUCGUGGAAUCCUGAGGAUAUGGAAAAUGAUUGUCCUUCCCCAAAAGAAGGGGGGAGUGGAAGUACGUGGAUUCUUGAAAAAUACAGGGAUGAAAUGAUAGUUUAUCUCCUACAGUAUCAUCUUUUGGGGUGUGUGAGUCUAAAGUGAGUUAAAAUGAAAAAUGAAAAAUGGUAACAAUAUAUUGAUUAAAAUGAAUGAAAAAAUAUGUACAUAUGUAUGUAUCUUUUAUAACUGUAAAAAAAAAAAACCCGCUGGUAAAUCUAAAAAUCCUUGAACAGCCAUUCUCAGAGUACUGGAAGUGGUGUCUGAAGGGGGAGGUAGAAUGUUCUAGAAGAAAGAGAAAUUAAAAGGCAGGACGUUGGAAUGGAGGGAUUGAAAAAUAUGAUAAAAGUGGAGCCCGAGGAGAGGAAGGGACAGUUUGGGGAAUAAAAAAAAAAUUGAGCGCAGUAAUAUUGAAGUAUGUUUUAUUUAAAAGUAAAGCUGGUUAGAACACAUUAGCUUUUGCAGAUCAGGGUUGGCCAGCCCUGCACUUCAUUCAGAGAUCAGACCACUUGGUCUUAAGCUUCCAGCUCCAGGGCCCCUGGUGACGGUCCCCAGCAUCUGGGGAGGAGGGGGGCGCUAGUGGUGAGUACCGGGAUGCACGGCCGCCCCUGCGCCGUCCCGGGGCCAAGAGUGGCGGAGCAACGUGACCGAGGCUCAGGGCGAGCGCGGGCUGCGCGGGUCCCCGCGGCGCUCCCAGGCGACACCCACCCACGCGCUGCGCACGCCGGGCCGGGCGAGCUAGACUCCGGGCCGCGUGUGGACUCCUCCCGCCUGCAGAGCAACCUUCAAACAACCCAGGGCAACCCACCCUGCAGCCUUUGCCGCCAUCCCACAAGCAGCACCCGGCGCAGCAUCACCCGUCCAUCACUUCCCUCAAUAGAAACUCCCUGACCAAUAGAAGGAACCAGAGUCCGGCCCCGCCGGCUGCUUUGCCCGCCGAGCUGCAAACCACACCCGAGUCCGUCCAGCUGCAGGACAGCUGGGUCCUUGGCAGUAAUGUACCACUGGAAAGCAGGCAUUUCCUAUUCAAAACAGGGACAGGGACGACGCCACUGUUCAGUACGGCAACCCCGGGAUACACAAUGGCAUCUGGCUCUGUUUAUUCUCCGCCUACCCGGCCACUUCCUAGAAACACCCUAUCAAGAAGUGCUUUUAAAUUCAAGAAGUCUUCAAAGUACUGCAGCUGGAGGUGCACCGCACUGUGUGCUGUAGGGGUCUCAGUGCUCCUGGCCAUUCUCCUCUCCUAUUUUAUAGCAAUGCAUCUAUUUGGCCUCAACUGGCACUUACAGCAGACGGAAAAUGACACAUUCGAGAAUGGAAAAGUGAAUUCUGACACCGUGCCAACAAACACUGUAUCGUUACCUUCUGGCGACAAUGGAAAAUUAGGUGGAUUUACACAUGAAAAUAACACCAUAGAUUCCGGAGAACUUGAUAUUGGCCGGAGAGCAAUUCAAGAGGUUCCCCCCGGGAUCUUCUGGAGAUCGCAGCUCUUUAUUGAUCAGCCACAGUUUCUUAAGUUCAACAUCUCUCUUCAGAAGGAUGCAUUGAUCGGAGUGUACGGCCGGAAGGGCUUACCGCCUUCCCAUACUCAGUACGACUUUGUGGAACUACUGGAUGGUAGCAGGUUAAUUGCGAGAGAGCAGCGGAACCUGGUGGAGUCCGAAAGAGCCGGGCGGCAGGCGAGAUCUGUCAGCCUGCACGAAGCUGGCUUCAUCCAGUACUUGGAUUCUGGAAUCUGGCAUCUGGCUUUUUAUAACGACGGGAAAAACCCAGAGCAGGUCUCCUUUAACACGAUCGUUAUAGAGUCUGUGGUGGAAUGCCCCCGAAAUUGCCAUGGAAAUGGAGAGUGUGUUUCUGGAACUUGCCAUUGUUUCCCCGGGUUUCUAGGUCCGGAUUGUUCAAGAGCAGCCUGUCCGGUGCUCUGUAGUGGCAACGGGCAAUACUCCAAGGGCCGCUGCCUGUGCUUCAGUGGCUGGAAGGGCACCGAGUGUGACGUGCCGACGACCCAGUGCAUUGACCCGCAGUGCGGGGGUCGUGGGAUUUGCAUCAUGGGCUCUUGCGCUUGUAACUCGGGAUACAAAGGAGAAAACUGUGAGGAAGCGGACUGUCUAGACCCUGGAUGUUCUAAUCACGGGGUGUGUAUCCAUGGGGAAUGUCACUGCAAUCCAGGCUGGGGUGGCAGCAACUGUGAAAUACUGAAGACUAUGUGUGCAGACCAGUGCUCAGGCCACGGGACUUACCUUCAAGAAAGCGGCUCCUGCACUUGCGACCCAAAUUGGACUGGCCCCGACUGCUCAAAUGAAAUAUGUUCAGUGGACUGCGGCUCACACGGCGUCUGCAUGGGGGGCUCCUGUCGCUGUGAAGAAGGCUGGACCGGCCCGGCGUGUAAUCAGAGAGCUUGCCACCCUCGCUGUGCUGAGCACGGGACGUGCAAGGACGGCAAGUGCGAGUGCAGCCAAGGAUGGAACGGAGAGCACUGCACAAUUGCUCACUAUUUGGAUAAGAUAGUUAAAGCAGACAAGAUAGGAUAUAAAGAGGGUUGCCCCGGCUUGUGCAACAGCAAUGGGAGAUGCACACUGGACCAAAACGGCUGGCACUGCGUUUGCCAGCCAGGGUGGAGAGGAGCAGGCUGUGACGUAGCCAUGGAGACCCUCUGUACAGACAGCAAAGACAACGAAGGAGACGGACUCAUUGACUGCAUGGAUCCUGAUUGCUGCCUCCAGAGCUCCUGCCAAAACCAGCCCUACUGUCGUGGCUUGCCUGAUCCUCAGGAUAUCAUUAGCCAAAGCCUUCAGACACCAUCUCAGCAAGCUGCCAAGUCCUUCUAUGACCGAAUCAGUUUCCUGAUUGGAUCGGAUAGCACCCACGUGCUCCCUGGAGAAAGUCCGUUCAAUAAGAGUCUUGCGUCCGUCAUCAGAGGCCAAGUACUAACAGCUGAUGGAACCCCACUUAUUGGCGUCAACGUGUCGUUUUUACACUACUCGGAAUAUGGAUAUACCAUUACCCGCCAGGAUGGAAUGUUUGACUUGGUGGCAAAUGGUGGCGCUUCUCUGACUUUGGUAUUUGAGCGUUCCCCAUUCCUCACUCAGUACCACACUGUGUGGAUUCCCUGGAAUGUCUUUUAUGUGAUGGAUACCCUUGUCAUGAAGAAAGAGGAGAACGACAUUCCCAGCUGUGACCUCAGUGGCUUUGUGAGGCCAAGUCCCAUCAUUGUGUCUUCACCGUUAUCCACCUUCUUCAGGUCUUCCCCUGAGGACAGCCCCAUCAUCCCCGAGACACAGGUCCUGCAUGAAGAAACCACAAUUCCAGGAACAGAUUUGAAACUUUCCUACCUGAGUUCCAGAGCGGCAGGGUACAAGUCAGUUCUUAAGAUUACCAUGACCCAGGCCGUCAUACCGUUUAACCUCAUGAAGGUCCAUCUGAUGGUGGCCGUGGUUGGGAGACUCUUCCAGAAGUGGUUUCCUGCCUCGCCAAACUUGGCCUACACGUUCAUCUGGGAUAAGACGGACGCAUAUAAUCAGAAAGUCUACGGCUUGUCAGAGGCAGUUGUGUCCGUCGGAUACGAGUACGAGUCGUGCUUGGACCUGACUCUCUGGGAAAAGAGGACUGCCGUUUUGCAAGGCUAUGAGUUGGAUGCUUCGAACAUGGGCGGCUGGACGUUGGACAAGCACCAUGUACUGGACGUUCAGAACGGUAUACUAUACAAAGGAAAUGGAGAAAAUCAGUUCAUCUCUCAGCAGCCUCCGGUGGUCAGCAGCAUCAUGGGUAAUGGUCGGAGGCGUAGCAUCUCAUGCCCAAGUUGCAAUGGUCAAGCUGACGGGAACAAACUCCUGGCACCCGUGGCGCUUGCCUGUGGGAUCGACGGCAGUCUAUACGUAGGGGAUUUCAAUUACGUCCGGCGGAUAUUCCCGUCUGGGAAUGUGACAAGUGUUUUAGAACUAAGAAAUAAAGAUUUUAGACAUAGUAGCAACCCAGCUCACAGAUACUACCUGGCUACGGACCCAGUCACCGGAGAUUUGUACGUCUCUGAUACUAACACCCGCAGAAUCUAUCGGCCGAAAUCACUCACGGGAGCCAAAGACCUGACUAAAAACGCUGAAGUGGUGGCAGGGACCGGGGAACAGUGCCUUCCCUUUGACGAGGCCAGGUGUGGGGAUGGAGGCAAGGCUGUGGAAGCAACGCUCAUGAGUCCCAAAGGAAUGGCAAUCGAUAAGAACGGACUGAUCUACUUUGUUGAUGGAACCAUGAUCAGAAAGGUUGAUCAAAAUGGAAUCAUAUCAACUCUCCUGGGCUCCAACGACCUCACGUCAGCUCGACCUUUAACCUGUGAUACUAGCAUGCAUAUCAGCCAGGUGCGUCUGGAAUGGCCCACUGACCUCGCGAUCAACCCCAUGGAUAACUCCAUCUACGUCCUGGAUAAUAACGUAGUUUUACAGAUCACUGAAAACCGUCAGGUCCGCAUCGCUGCCGGGCGGCCCAUGCACUGUCAGGUCCCUGGAGUGGAAUACCCGGUGGGGAAGCACGCGGUUCAGACCACCCUGGAGUCAGCCACGGCCAUUGCUGUGUCCUACAGCGGGGUCCUUUACAUCACGGAAACUGAUGAGAAGAAGAUCAACCGAAUAAGGCAGGUCACGACAGACGGGGAGAUCUCCUUAGUGGCUGGGAUACCUUCGGAAUGUGACUGCAAGAACGACGCCAACUGUGACUGCUACCAAAGCGGAGACGGCUACGCCAAAGAUGCCAAACUCAAUGCGCCGUCCUCCCUGGCCGCCUCGCCAGAUGGCACUCUGUACAUUGCAGAUCUGGGAAAUAUCAGGAUCCGGGCCGUUUCGAAGAAUAAACCUUUACUGAACUCAAUGAACUUUUACGAAGUUGCCUCUCCAACUGAUCAAGAGCUCUACAUCUUUGACAUCAACGGUACUCACCAGUACACCGUGAGCCUGGUCACGGGUGACUACCUAUAUAAUUUUAGUUACAGCAAUGACAAUGACGUCACCGCUGUAACUGACAGCAAUGGCAACACCCUCCGAAUCCGAAGGGAUCCGAAUCGGAUGCCGGUGCGGGUGGUGUCUCCUGAUAACCAGGUGAUAUGGUUGACCAUAGGCACCAACGGGUGUCUGAAAAGCAUGACCGCUCAGGGCCUGGAACUGGUUUUGUUUACUUACCAUGGCAACAGUGGGCUUUUAGCCACCAAAAGUGACGAAACUGGAUGGACAACAUUUUUUGACUAUGACAGUGAAGGUCGCCUGACGAAUGUUACCUUCCCCACUGGGGUGGUUACAAACCUGCACGGGGACAUGGACAAGGCUAUCACGGUGGACAUCGAGUCAUCCAGCAGAGAGGAAGAUGUCAGCAUCACUUCGAACUUGUCCUCCAUCGAUUCCUUCUACACCAUGGUCCAAGACCAGUUAAGAAACAGUUACCAGAUUGGGUAUGAUGGCUCCCUUAGAAUCUUCUAUGCCAGUGGUCUGGACUCUCACUACCAGACAGAGCCCCACGUUCUGGCUGGCACGGCGAAUCCCACAGUAGCCAAAAGAAACAUGACUCUUCCCGGUGAGAACGGGCAGAAUCUGGUGGAGUGGAGAUUCCGAAAAGAACAAGCCCAGGGCAAAGUCAACGUAUUCGGCCGGAAGCUCAGGGUCAAUGGGCGCAACCUACUCUCAGUGGACUUUGAUCGGACCACCAAGACGGAAAAGAUCUAUGAUGACCACCGGAAAUUUCUCCUGAGGAUCGCUUACGACACGUCGGGGCACCCGACUCUCUGGCUGCCGAGUAGCAAGCUAAUGGCAGUGAACGUCACCUACUCAUCCACCGGUCAAAUUGCCAGCAUCCAGAGAGGGACCACGAGCGAAAAGGUGGACUAUGACAGCCAGGGGAGGAUCGUAUCUCGGGUCUUUGCCGAUGGGAAAACAUGGAGUUACACGUACUUGGAAAAGUCCAUGGUUCUUCUGCUCCAUAGCCAGCGGCAGUACAUCUUCGAAUACGACAUGUGGGACCGCCUGUCCGCCAUCACCAUGCCCAGUGUGGCUCGCCACACCAUGCAGACCAUCCGGUCCAUUGGCUACUACCGCAACAUCUACAAUCCCCCAGAAAGCAAUGCCUCUAUCAUCACCGACUACAACGAGGAAGGGCUGCUUCUGCAAACAGCUUUCCUGGGAACGAGUCGGAGGGUCUUAUUCAAGUAUAGAAGGCAGACCAGGCUAUCAGAAAUUUUAUACGACAGCACAAGAGUCAGUUUUACCUACGACGAAACAGCGGGAGUCCUGAAAACAGUAAACCUUCAGAGUGAUGGUUUUAUUUGCACCAUUAGAUACAGGCAAAUUGGUCCCCUGAUUGACAGACAGAUUUUCCGCUUCAGCGAGGAUGGAAUGGUAAAUGCGAGAUUUGACUAUAGCUACGACAACAGCUUUCGAGUGACCAGCAUGCAGGGUGUCAUCAAUGAAACACCACUGCCCAUUGAUCUAUACCAGUUUGAUGACAUCUCUGGCAAAGUCGAGCAGUUUGGAAAAUUCGGAGUGAUAUACUACGACAUCAACCAAAUCAUUUCCACGGCCGUGAUGACUUAUACAAAGCACUUUGAUGCUCAUGGGCGCAUCAAGGAGAUCCAAUAUGAGAUAUUUAGGUCACUCAUGUACUGGAUUACAAUUCAAUAUGAUAAUAUGGGCCGGGUAACCAAGAGAGAGAUUAAAAUUGGGCCUUUUGCCAACACUACCAAAUACGCGUACGAGUACGACGUCGAUGGACAGCUCCAAACAGUUUACCUAAACGAAAAGAUCAUGUGGCGGUACAACUACGACCUAAAUGGAAACCUCCACUUGCUCAACCCCAGCAGCAGCGCCCGCCUGACCCCUCUGCGCUAUGACCUGCGCGACAGAAUCACCCGCCUGGGCGAUGUUCAGUACCGGCUGGAUGAAGAUGGUUUCCUGCGUCAGAGGGGCACUGAAAUUUUUGAAUACAGCUCCAAAGGGCUUCUGACUCGAGUCUACAGUAAAGGCAGUGGCUGGACAGUGAUCUAUCGGUACGACGGCCUGGGAAGACGUGUUUCUAGCAAAACCAGCCUGGGACAGCACCUUCAGUUUUUCUACGCCGACCUGACAUACCCCACGAGAAUUACUCACGUCUACAACCAUUCCAGUUCAGAAAUCACCUCCCUGUACUAUGACCUCCAAGGACAUCUCUUCGCCAUGGAGAUCAGCAGUGGGGAUGAGUUCUACAUCGCCUCGGACAACACGGGGACACCGCUGGCUGUUUUCAGCAGCAACGGGCUCAUGCUGAAACAGAUCCAGUACACUGCCUAUGGUGAGAUCUACUUUGACUCCAACGUCGACUUUCAGCUGGUAAUUGGAUUCCACGGGGGCUUGUAUGACCCGCUCACCAAACUAAUCCACUUUGGAGAAAGAGAUUAUGACAUUUUGGCGGGAAGAUGGACCACACCGGACAUUGAAAUCUGGAAAAGGAUCGGAAAGGACCCUGCUCCUUUUAACCUGUAUAUGUUUCGGAAUAACAACCCCGCGAGCAAAAUCCAUGAUGUGAAAGAUUACAUCACGGAUGUUAACAGCUGGCUGGUGACGUUUGGCUUCCAUCUGCACAAUGCUAUUCCUGGAUUCCCUGUUCCCAAAUUUGAUUUAACUGAGCCUUCCUAUGAGCUUGUGAAGAGUCAACAGUGGGAAGAUGUGCCGCCCAUCUUUGGAGUUCAGCAGCAAGUGGCAAGGCAAGCCAAGGCCUUCUUGUCCCUGGGGAAGAUGGCCGAGGUGCAGGUGAGCCGACGCAAAGCUGGCGCCGAGCAGUCGUGGCUGUGGUUCGCCACGGUCAAGUCGCUCAUCGGCAAGGGCGUCAUGCUGGCCGUGAGCCAAGGCCGCGUGCAGACCAACGUGCUCAACAUCGCCAACGAGGACUGCAUCAAGGUGGCGGCGGUGCUCAACAACGCCUUCUACCUGGAGAACCUGCACUUCACCAUCGAGGGCAAGGACACACACUACUUCAUCAAGACCACCACACCCGAGAGCGACCUGGGCACACUGCGGCUGACGAGCGGUCGCAAGGCCCUGGAGAACGGGAUCAACGUGACCGUGUCUCAGUCCACCACGGUGGUGAACGGCAGGACUCGCAGGUUCGCCGACGUGGAGAUGCAGUUCGGUGCCCUGGCACUGCAUGUGCGCUAUGGCAUGACGCUGGACGAGGAGAAGGCGCGCAUUCUGGAGCAGGCGCGCCAGCGCGCGCUCGCCCGGGCGUGGGCACGGGAGCAGCAGCGCGUGCGCGACGGCGAGGAGGGUGCGCGCCUCUGGACGGAGGGUGAGAAACGGCAGCUGCUGAGCGCUGGCAAGGUGCAGGGCUACGAUGGGUACUACGUACUGUCGGUGGAGCAGUACCCCGAGCUGGCUGACAGUGCCAACAACAUCCAGUUCUUGCGACAAAGUGAGAUCGGCAAGAGGUAACCCCCGGGCCACCCCUGUGCAGAUUCUCCUGUAGCACAAUCCAAACCGGACUCUCCAAAGAGCCUUCCAAAAUGACACUGCUCUGCAGACAGACACAUCGCAGAUACACACGCAACACAAACCAGAAACAAAGACAACUUUUUUUUUUUUUCUGAAUGACCUUAAAGGUGAUCGGCUUUAAAGAAUAUGUUUACAUACGCAUAUCGCUGCACUCAAUUGGACUGGAAGUAUGAGAAAGGAAAAAAAAGCAUUAAAAAAGGCAACGUUUUGCCAUGACCCCUCUGUACCUUCGAGGCACUGUAUUUAACAAAGGUUUUAAAAAGGAAAAAAAAAUGCGUACAAUGUUUCCAGAUAUUACUGAAUUGUCGACCUUUGCUUACAGGAAGUAAUCUCUACUUAGGAUGUGAUAUAUAUAGAUCUGUUCAUUUUAAAAUGUGGGGCAAAGUUACUGUUUAUAGAACCCAACUGCUUUCCCGUGCUGCUUUGUAAAAGGACACUGGCACAAGGGACGUCUGCUUCGGCGGGGAUUUAAUAAUGGAUUUUACUAACAUGGCUUGCCCUGGGAGGGAAAAACUGACGAAUAGAAUCCUUGUCACUGAUAAGCAAAGGAAACCCUGAUUUUUUUGUAAAUUAUGUGAGACAAGUUGUUUAUGGAUUUUUAUAUGAAUUACAAUUUACUGUACAUCAAAUAUUAGUCUCAGAGGAGUUAAUUUAUGUAAAGUGUUUAAAAAGUUUAUACUUAAAAAUAAAAUGAUAAAAACAUGUGAACUGUGUGAUUUUUUUAAAAAGGAUUGCACCUUUUGUUAUCUGUUAUAACUGUACAGUAUAACUUAUUAUAUUGUAGAGGUAUAACAACUUAUGCCUAUCAUGUCCAGAAGUGUUAAUAUUUUUGUAUUAGGUUGAAAAAAAUAAAACAAUGCGCUACUUUCUAUCACUUAGAUAGAUAGGACCUGUGCAGUCCUCAGCGGGUGGCUAAUCAGAGAACUUCUUUUCGUCCUUCUCUUUCUUACCAAGCCACUGGCCUCAACCAUUACCAACCAAGAGGCCCAGUUGACAUCCAAGGCUGGCGAGAUGUUAUGGAGGGUGUGGGGGAGGGGAGACAAAGAGAAAAGAACCCAAGAGAAGAGGCUCUCUGACCCUCUCUAGGCCCUAAAAGUCAAGCCGACUUCCAGAACUUUUCAUACUAUAUUGUUGUCCCUCGAUGCUCCACUUUGUGAUGGAGGAAAGAGACCACAAUCUGAUGCUCGGGAACUUCUGUGGGGAGGGAAGGACUUGAUGUCAUGGUAACCAUGAACAUGUAUCUUAAUGUCUAGGAGAGAUAGCAAUAACCGAGCAGUAGUGAGCCAGGCGAGGGGACCAACCAGUCAAGGUCACUCUCUGUGAGGCUUGGAGUUGGACCCUUACGUCAGCGUUAGCAGGUGGGAUCAAAACCGGAAGUUAAGCUCCUGUAAGCCUACAUGGCCCAACCAUCAUAGAGCAUGGUUUGAGUGGCAGCCUGUGCUGGCCAGGGGUAGCCUGGGGUACUGGGUGGAGUAGGAAGGAAACUGACAUCAGUGCCCGCCCCCCACUGAAAGCUUGGGGUUCCACUGUGUGCACUUCUGUGCCAACCCGGCCACUCUGAAGAAUCUUUCGUGAACACUGAAUUCAGCCACAAAAGUAUUUUUAGAAAAGAUUUCUCAGUUCAUUGAGCUAUAGUACACACUGUUUUCCUCUCUGUAUAAUGGUGACAAAUAUAGCAAGUGAACAUGUCGUAAAUAUAAAGGUUCAAGUGAUGUAUUGAAAAUAAUUUUCUAACUGCUUUGUAUGUAUCACAUACUCUAAAUUGCACAGUAGGCGUGUUUAUUAAACAGAUUGGCUGGGAAAGUUUUGAAAUAGUACUGAAUUUACAGUCUCAGUGCUAUUCCUGUUGCUGUGUAUGUGGUAGGUUAUACCGAAGUAACUAAUCUUCUAAUGAAUGCUGAUAUUUUAUUAGAAUGAAAGCACAGAUUAGCAUUAAUAUUUUUUAUCCUGGAAAUCCUUUGGCAAGUACUGGGCAGCCCAAAUUUAGAAAACUAUGAGAUUUCAAACCACGUAAACAUGGUUCUGUUGGACAUUUUAUUUUUUAACUGUUAACUUAGGUGUUCGCAGUUCUGUUGAAUGGGACUUCUGCAGGACUGUAUUUAGCAUGCUGUAAGUACUUUGGGGUGAAAUAGGCUCCGAGUCUAAAUUCUCAGAAAUGUCUGUGAUGUAUUGACCAUGAAUAGCGUGUACCACAUGACAGAAGUGAAAUUACACUCUUAACCCCUUCUCAACGUGGACUGGUCUUUACAGGGGCACCAAUAAAUGACAGAUCUGGAGAGUCUCCUGGUGCUUAUUUUAGAAGUCAAAUCAACCCAAUUAGUAUCUUGUUAGUAGAUAUAAUGAGCCUAUUUCUUUCUAAAAAGGCUUGUGGUCUGGACGUGCUUUUACAAGAAAUAGUGACCUUGGGGAAUAUGUAAACAAGAGAUCUUUUUCUAAGAGUUUGGGGGGAGGUUGGGGGACCUGUAUAAUGACAAAAAAAAAUUAGCUUACAACAAUGACAACAACAAAAAACAAAAACAAAAGAAAUUGAUAUUCAAAGUAUUUUAGGCAAAGCCAGUCAAAAUGCUUUCAUGAUAUUUUGAGAUGUAAAUUUUUGUCUGAUUUGUAUUGUUCUUUUCGUUUGCCUUCUUAACUUUAUAUGUGACCUGAAUUUUCCAUAACUUGAUGACUAUAGAUUGCAUCUAGGCAUUCCAAUAAAAGCCAACCCAAUGUG